UUCCUGUCUGCGCGUUCACGUCUGUGCGCGGCAGCAGCGUCAGCCUCGCGCAGUCCGGCGGCGUUCAAGAAUCGUUAUUUUUAGCGCGUGGUUCGUGUUGCAGCGUCGGGGUCGCGAGAGAGAGUGUCCAUCUCUGUGACACACACAGUGUGAGCAGGGCUCGCGGGGGGUGCACAAGGAACGCUAACGCAACGCACUGACGAGCGCGAGGAGUUGCGGGGCGGUUGACCGUUGAGAGCGGAGGAGGAUAACGGACUGACGGAGCGGGGAGGGGGGGAGAGAGACAACACCGCACCGAUCACGUAUCAUCACCGUCCGACAGACUCUCUCUGGUCCUCGUUAAACGGCCUGCCUGGAGAUGGCUAGCCCCGCAGGAGGUCGAGAUGUCCCGAAUGCCCCGCCGCGGGACGACUCGGUGCGGCCGGAGCCGAACCAUCCCGAACCAGCCUGUCAGGAGGCUCAGAAAUGGAUAGAGGCUGUCACGGGGAAGAGCUUUGGAGACAAGGACUUCCGCAGCGGAUUGGAGAACGGCAUCCUGUUAUGCGAGCUGCUGAGUGCAAUCAAACCAGGGCUGGUCAAGAAGAUCAACCGACUGCCCACCCCCAUCGCUGGGCUGGACAACCUGUCAGUCUUCCUGCGGGGCUGUGAGGAGUUGGGCCUGAAGGGCUCCCAGCUGUUUGACCCCGGGGACCUACAAGACACUUCCAUACGAGCUAACCUCAAGGACUCUGACUGCAACCGUAAACUUAAAAAUGUGCUGAACACAGUGUUCUGGCUUGGGAAGGCUGCCAGCGGUUGUGCCUCCUACAGCGGUCCCACUCUCAACCUGAAGGAGUUUGAAGGGCUUCUUGCUCAAAUGAAGGUGGAGAGUGAGGAAGGAGGGGAGAGUCCACAGAAGCGCAGCGUUAGAGACAGCGGCUACGACUGUUGGGACUCUGAGAGGAGUGAGUCUCUCUCUCCACCACGACACACUCGGGACAACUCCCUAGACAGUCUGGACUCCUUUGGCUCCCGCUCGCAGCACAGCCCUUCUCCUGAUGUGGUGAAUCGAGGCAACAGUGAUGGACGAGGUAGUGACUCGGAGGCUGACGCCCCCGGCAGGAGGCCAGAUGUGCGGAAGGAUGACAUGUUGGCCAGACGGACGGCCAGCAGUGAAUCAAGAAGCUCCAUUCCUUUUAACCAGUUUCUUCCCAACCGAACAAACGCCAGUUCCUAUAUCCCGACUCCACGGCGAAAACCACACACAGAGGAGGGAGAACAGCGGAGUCACCUUCAAGCCACUGCAGAGCAGGGCAAAAGAACUGGUCUGCAACACAAAACCCACAAGACUGUCACUUGGGCGCCUGAGAACAAUGGGGAAACACUCAAACAGGAAGAGGAACAGGUGACCCGGGAAGUGCUGGAGCAGAAGAGGCUGCAGAUGUUGGAGAAGGCUGGGAUUAAAGUUCUGCCUGCUGCUGUUCGUUACAGCAGCCCUCCCACAAUGGAAGAACAAGAAGUGAGGACAGAGCCCCCGAACAUCAUCCUUCGCUGCGAUAAUGACUUUUUGAGCUCUCAGAAAUCUGCGUGGGACUGCUCCUCUGAUGGGGAAGAGGAGGCAGAGGUGCGGAAAGUUCCGGAUGUUCGUAAAGAUGACCUGGCAUCCAGACGAGCUCAUCGCGGCUCUCUUGCUCCCAAGGUGCAUCAGUUUGUCCCUCCACCUGUAUGUAGCGACAAAGACCGAGAGCGCUGGGAAGGCAUUAGACGAGCGUCGCAGCAAACGCUGCUGGAGAAGGAGAUCAGUGAGAAGGAAGCAGUCCCUGACAUCAUUACACGCAGAGACAACCCCUUCCUAAACUCCAUCCCUCGCCAUGAGGAAGAGGAGGAUGAGGAGGCAGAGGAGGAAGAGGGAAAGGUUAAGGCGAUACCUAAUAAGCAGAAGGAUGACCUGGCUCAGAGGCGGGCUCAGAGUAGGCCCCUCCCCCACAGGGACGCCCCAAUGAGCUUUGUUUCUGCCUCCAUGAGCCAGGCAGACAUGCAGAAGUGGGAGAGACUCAAGAUGACUGAACCCAGUGAGGCUAGCCCGGCCCCUGUUUGUCAGGCUUGUCUGGAGAAAAAUUAUGGAAGCCCUUUCAGCGGAUCAGCAAAGGCUGGACGAGGUCACAGCAAAGUUGUGACCUUUGGGGGUGUGACUGAGAUCGAGCAGCCAAUAGACACAGUCACGUCAAAUGAAGGGGAGGAGACGGAGUUGCUAAGACGACUCCUUUCCAAGGCAACUGUAGCCAUGCCUACCAUUGGCCUGGGCUCCCAGCUUUCAGAGCGGGAACGCAGCCAGGUAGAUGGAGCUGACCUCAAUCAAACUACCCCUCCCACUGCUGACCUCCCACCCUGGACCCCUGAAACCGCUCCUACUCCCGCUGAGCUGGAUGCGCGUCUGGCUCAGUAUGAACGGAGAACAGAGGAAGAGGAUGAGGAGGAAGAGGAGAGGAUCCCAGAUCUUCAGAAGGAUGACAUGAUGGCGAGGAGGACAGGAGUUUUCCAUAAACAAAGCACUGCCACAGUGACUUACAACCGUUUCCUGCCUCUGCCCGCCACUAAACGAUGCACACCAGGGGAGGUCACCACUGAUGCUGCUCCGCGGAGCAAAAGGGAAGUGCAGGCAGACAGGAGCAAGAUACUGAGCGUCAGGAGUUUCUCUCAUAGAGUGGAGCAACAGCAACCCAGAGUUUCCAUGGAAACACCUCAACCACACCCUGCCACGACCGUGGUCCGAGCAAUGUCUCACAGCGAACGUGAAUAUGAUGAGGAUGAGGAUGAGUAUGAUGAAAAUGAGCCUGUGCCUGACCUGGAGAAGGAUGAUAUGAUGGCUCGAAGGACCCGAUCAUUCCACAAACCGAGUGCAGUCAAAACAAAUCAGUCCAUCAACCAGUUCCUGCCGGUACCUGGAUCAGUUAAAUAUACCGUCGCCCCAGUGUCUCCAAUGAAGCCACUGCACAGCAGACCUAAACUCACAGAGAAGAUGGCUAGUGAAAGCAGCAGUGUUACUGUGGCAGCAGAACCUCAGACCCUGCUGUCCAAAGCCCCGACCCUCCUUAAGUGUGCAGGGCUGAGGGAGAAGCAGGAGGAGGAUGGAAAGCAAGAGGGAGACAUGAAAAUCCCUAACACUUCAGUCACAGAUGUGACUGAGUCCCUCUCCUCUCCAUCGCUCACCCCUCCACCCAAUCCUGCUGCUGCCACGACUUGUAAAGUGGAGGCAGAGUUGGUAAAGCAGAGUGUGGUGGAAAGAGUUGAGGAAAGGGUGGAGGAGAGAAAGAGGGAUGUGAAUGAGGAACCACGGAAAAAACCCUUCUGGCUGGAUGACGAUCUGCCUCCCAUGAUGAUGAGCCGGCGAGUUGCUUUUAUGUCUGAGGACACUGAGAGUGUGAGCAUGAGUGACAUUCUCAAUGAAGAAGAGGUGGGACACUUACCACCACUGAGCCAAUCGCGACAUGAGCGCAUGCAUGAACAGUACAGCAGCUUUCUGGAAGAUGAGGACCACUGGCAAGACGACCUGGCUCGCUGGAAGAAUCGGCGUCGCAGUGCGUCACAAGAACUGAUCAAGAAAGAGGAAGAGAGGAAGAGGAUGGAGAAAAGGAUGAAAGAUGAGAGAAGUGAGGCCAGCAAAAGGAAAAGCAUCAAGACCUACAGAGAGAUCGUGGAGGAGAAGGAGCGCAGAGAAGCAGAGUUGUGUAAAGCUUACAGGAAUGCAGCGACUCCAGAAGAGGCCGCCAUGGUUUUACAGCGUUACGCUCUUCGCUUUACAAUCAGUGACGCAACACUGGACAGCCUAAAACUGCCCAGAUCCACUUCAAAACCCAAACAGGAACCAAAUCAGGUAGACAAAGAGCACGAAACGACAUCACCUAUUAAUGACUCUGAAACAUCAGAACCUCGGCACAAACCAGAACCAACUGUUAUAACGGACCAGGUGCCCACCAAACCUGAGGAGGUGGAGACAGAGACAACUGCUCAACAGGAGACGUCACUUUCAGUUUCCUCCAGCUCCCCCACACCUGGCAGUCCCAUGACCCCGGUCACAGGCUCAGAAAAUGUGCCACCUCAGUCACUACACCUUCAUGAACCUCAGUCCAAACCGAAAGAGUCUCCAACCGCACAACAGAAACAACCGAUUCCUGAAGAUGCAAAGCCUCAAACCAAACCGCCUCAGAUUGUGCAGCCUCACAUCCCCCAGCCUGUACACACACUCCCAUCCCCUAUAUCUGUGUCACCCAGACCCGUCCCCCUGCUGGCAGCCAAGCCCUACUGCCAGCCCAGGACCACACAGUCUGGACACAAACCUGUCAAGAUGGACGGGUUGGUGCGAGUGAACGGAGAAGCGACGGAGGAUUUAUCUGUUUCCACUCCGCCUACCUCUGCUCAGCACUUGCCACAGGAGAUCAAAGAAGUUCCCUCCAAACAGAUGGAGAAAGAUUUCCCCUCCGAGCAGGCUGCGACCAAUCAGGAGGCGGCGUCUUCAGGCUCUGUCAUCAGCUCCCUGAUUGGAGGCCGAAACUGUAUCAUCACAACAACUAUUGUGACAGAGCUCACACAGACUCUUGUUGAGCCACAUCAACCGGAUAUCCAAAGCAAUGGACAGAUCAAUGGUACUAUGGGGUUAUCUGAGAAACCAGUGGUGGAAAAAAAGGUUCAGCCAGCGACGUCACCAAACAGCAUGCAAGAAUAUUCUCCCACUGUCACAGAGGGUCUUGAGGAGAGCAGUGUGACUAUUGAGACCCCCAUGUUGAACUUGGCUAAACGUGUUAAUCACUGGGUCUGGGACCCCAAUGAGGAGCGUAAACGCCUGGAAAGUUGGCAACAAGAGCAGGAGCGCCUCCUACAGGAGCAAUACCAGAGAGAACAGGAGAAGCUGAAGAAGGAGUGGGAGAAAGCACAGCUAGAGGUGGAGGAGGAGGAGAGAAAACACCAUGAAGAGGAGAAAAGGAUUCUAGAGGAGACUGUGACGCCCCUCAAUCCCACCAGCUUGUUAAACCAGCAGUCAGUCCAGAUGGGGACGACUUCUUCAGCUCCAGAAAGCAACAGGACAGAAGCAGGAAAUGUUCCCCUUCAGCAAAACGGCCAAAGAAGCUCCACAGGGAACGAGGAUCAACAUGCAUCAAAACUGCAUUUCUUCCAGGACUCAGCAUGUGAUGGUGAACCUUCAAAAAAACAGGAGCUGUGGAAGACGUCCUCUCUGGACCGCAACCUUCAGCUAAACCAGUCAAAUAUCGUUAAAAGGUCUGAAUCACAUGAUGCUGUAACAAGCAAAGAGCAGUCCUCUCCUUCAGCCCCUCAGCCUCCCUCACCCAGCAGGUGUGUUAGUGGGAAGAGACUGUGUUCUGGUUGUUCUCAACCACUGGGAAAAGGAGCUGCUAUGAUCAUCGAUACACUGGGACUGUUUUUCCACAUGCAGUGUUUCAAGUGUGGAGUGUGUAAGGGGCAGCUGGGUGACGCCACUGCAGGGACUGACGUACGGAUCCGUAAUGGACUGCUGAGCUGUCACGAGUGCUAUAUUGCAUCUCGGGGCAGAGGUCAGCCCACCACACUAUGAUGACCUCCAUUGAACUGGACCCCCCCCCUCCACUGUCAGCGAGUGGGCGGAGAAGAGUUCUUGAACCUCGAAUCCCGUUGUGGAAUAUAUUCUUUUAUAUUCUGUUUUCCUGAAAUGCACAAACAGCUUUAUGGACGUUACUGAGAGUGAAACUGGACCGACAUGUGACACAACAUCACGUGCACAUACAGUACAGUGUGUGUGUGUGUGCUUCCUAACUGUACACGUGUAUACACUUCUUUUAAUACGUGUAGCAUGGAUUUAAUCAAGAAAUCAGUGUGUUUAAGCUUUUGCACAUCCAUAGAUAGCACAGUAAAGACACUAGAAUAAAGACCCGCUCCGUCACAACUUUAACAUGUUCCACUAAAAAGCUUAACACUACUGUCUUCAACACAUCAAAAUCUUGAUUCAUCAUCCUCCGCUUCUGCACUGAUCAUGUGACUCCGCUCGCUUUGAGUGUGACGUAAUGAUGCGAUUUGGGUUGGAUGACCUGAAGUAGCUUGACCAUUAUAAUGCCUUACUCAUCAUCAUACCUUCUCGUUCAUUUUUGGGGUUUUGUGUUUACAGUUUUGCAUGAAAGAAGAACAUAUAUAAGUUAUUGUGAGUAUUGCUCAGAUGGAGUAGUGUGAGUUUGAUGUAGGUUUUAAUCUUCUCAACGGUUGAACUAUAACUUUCCUCUUAUAUGUUGUACAUCAUCAUAAUAUUUUUUGAUUUUUUUGGGCAUCUGGCUAACUUACACAAGCUUUUUUUUCUUUAUAAUUCAUUUUACAGGAAUGAGAACGCAUGUUAUUAAUUGUACUUGUUAUCUGAAUUUUAAAUGUUUUCCCUUUAAGAUGUUUUAGCCAUUGUUUAUUCUCAUAGACUGACUGCAUCCGAAUCAGUGCCUUAUGUAAUGAAUGCGAGGGCUAGAGUAUGUGCAGGAGUAUUUCACACUCACACAGACCUCAGGGUCUCGGCACAUUGUGUGUGUGUGUGUGUGUGUGUGUGUGUGUGUGUGUGUGUAUGAAAUCAUGCAUGUAUAGAGGUAUGAAUGCAGUGUGUGAUUUGACUUGAAGAACAGUUCCAUACCAGCAAAAAAAUAAAACAUUUAAAUGGAUCAGCCUUUUCCUUAUAACCUGCUAUUCUCUUCCACUCCUUCCCAUGAGCUAAACCAAUGACACAAAGUGAUUUGCUGCUUCCAUGUUAAUUAUUAUUAUUGCCCCCCCUCCCGUAUUAUGACAGUACACAGUUGUCCUCCAAUCGCUCCUCGCCUGCCUCUAUCACAAGUGUUGCCUCCCCAGAGUCUGAGCUGAACGUCUCUGUCCUCUCUGUGUCAUCGCCUCUAUCUGGACACCUGACAGCGGCUUCAUUAUUUAGAGGAAUAGAGAGCUCAGCUCAUUGUCUUUUAUAGCAAGUGUAUGUUUUAUCAAUAAAAUAUUUUAAAUGGGA